AUGCCCCCCAGCCUCACUCCCUCGCGCUCUCACGUCAUCUCUCACCUCUCGCUCUCACUUCCCUCUCACCACUGCAGAUGGGUGCGCAACCCGUCUCUCCCAAAGCGCUACACAGGGUUGUCGUGCAAGAGCAUCCGGUCGAGCCUCAACUGCCAGAAGAACGGCCGCAAGGACACGGCGUAUCUCAACUACGAAUUCAAAAGCCCCGGAUGCAAUAUCCAGAGGUUCGACCCGAAGGCGUUCCUGUCGAUGAUGCGCAACAAGGUGUUUCUGGGCGUGGGCGACUCGUUCAACCCGAACCUGCAGCACUCCGUGCGCUGCCUCGUCGAGAGCGUCGCCGCCACUAAGGACGUCAACGGCGCGCUCUUCAAGACGGGCCUCUCCGCGCAGGGCUACGUCGUGCCGCAGUACAACGCCACGUUCCUCACUAUCGCGUCCAGCUUCCUGGUCGACGCAACCCCCGUGGGAUCGGUGUCGAGCAGCAGUCCGUGGAAGGUGAAUCUGGACGUGCCCAGCAAGGAGUGGACUCCGUUUCUGCGCCACUCGCACUACGUGGUGUUUUCUGCCGGCCACUGGUUCACCAAUUCUGGGAACCUGAGGCAGUGGUUUGUGAAGAAGCAGCAGCAGAAGGGCAUGACGUCAUCAGCAGCCAUGACGGCCGCAUACACGACAAUGCGCAACUACAUCGCGAGCUCCGGCUACACGGGCCUGCCCAUGGUGCUCACCUACACGGCCUCGCACUACGAGUCCGCGUUUGCUGCCACGGAUUCGGUGAAGGCAUGCAGUGGGGCCAAGGGGCCCAUGACCUCCAAGCAGAUGGCGUUUGCUUCCAAGAAAUCGGACGCGCUCGAAGGGAGGACCGCUGUGGUGAAGGUGAGUGUGUGUGUGUGGUGA